AUGGCUGAUGUGAUGCCCUCAGUGACCAGAAACACCCUGCUUAGUGCUUUGGAGGAGAGGCGACGGCAGCAGCAGAAGAAAUAUCUGCUUCACCGGCUGAUCUUGGUUGCGAUGCUGCAAGAAAAUGCCAAUGAGGAGGAAAUCACAGACUAUCAUGAACAGCUUUUCCAGAAGAUUUCACGAUGCCAUUUGGGGGAAGCAGCCUCUGGGGUCCUUCUCAUCUAUUCCCAGAGCAUACUCCACAUUCUGGAGGCCUCCAGCGGCACCCUCUACCACAUCCUCAUGGAUCUGACCCUCUUUGAACAUCAGGGAGCAGAGGCUUUAUUACGAGAUAUUAAGAUAUUGGUAAUGUCUCAUAACAUCCCUACCAGACUUUUCUCACAGUGGAAUGCCACCAAAGUGGAAGUGCCUGUAACUUUGGAAGAUGUCACCCAGAGCCAGACCAUAGAAGAAGUUAUUACUGAGUGUCUUACACUCAUUCUCAAGCUGGGAGUGUAUCUUGCAACACUCAAGGUGGGCAACAAAGGCCUGGGUGAGUGCCUCCACACUGCUGUGCCGGAGCUGCUGAUCCCAGCGGAAACAAUCCAGUAUUUGUGCAGGAGCCAAGAAUGUUUGAGCCCAGUGGAAUUUCUGAAGAUGUACAACAAUCCUCUGCAGCCACAAAUGGAUGCAGGUACUUUUUUUGCCUGCCCCCAAGGCUAA